AUGUCGUCAAAUAAGGGAACACAGCAUCAAGGUCUCUACAUUGAAGCAGGCUCUGGCGGCUUUUUGACCGAUUUGACAUUCUACGGAGGCUUGAACGCGGCGGUAUUUGGCAACCAGCAAUUCACGAUGCGUAACAUGGCAUUUUACAAUUCUGUAACAGCUAUCAAGCAGGUCUGGAACUGGGGCUGGACGUACAAGUCGAUAACGGUGCAAAAUUGCACCACCGGCUUAGACAUGACAAAUGGCGGACCUUCUAAUCAAGCCGUAGGCUCCGUAGUAUGGCUUGAUAGUACCUUCAAAGAUACCAAAGUCGCAUUCAGCAUUGCUCGCACUGACACAUCCUCGCCGAAUACGGGAGGCUCGCUCUCAAUCGAGAAUGUAGCUCUGAACAACGUCGGCACAGCGGUUCUGGGUCCAAAUAAUGCCAUUUACUUGGCAGGAAUAACCGGACAGACUACCAUCACGGGUUGGAAGACGGGAAACACCUACAACCCAACAGCUCUAGGGAAGAGGCAAGGCGGUUGGACCCCACCUACCCGUCCUGCAUCCCUUUUGGUCAAUGGCAAGUACUAUGAGAGGUCAAAGCCACAGUAUGAGACUCUUCCCGUAACGUCUUUCCUCAGCGCUCGCUCUUCUGGAGCCAAAGGUGACGGAAACACCGACGACACCACCGCCCUGCAGAAUGCCAUCAACUCAGCGGUAACACAAGGCAAAGUCCUCUUCGUUGAUGCAGGAACCUACGUAGUCAGAAAAACCAUCCUGAUACCUGCAGGGUCCAAGAUUGUUGGCGAAAGCUAUUCCGUGAUUCUCUCCUCCGGUACAUUCUUCUCCGACAUUAACGCCCCUCAACCUGUCGUUCAAGUUGGCAACGCAGGCGACACCGGCGUAGUCGAAUGGAGCGACAUGAUCGUCUCCACCCGAAACAACGAAAUUGCCCAAGCCGGCGCCAUUCUCAUAAAAUGGAACCUUGCCUCCACAUCCAGCUCCCCCUCAGGAAUGUGGGACGUGCACACCCGCAUCGGCGGCUUCAAGAACUCCUGGCUCAACGUGGCCGAUUGCCCCACCACCCCUUCCUCCACCGCGAUCAACACCAAAUGCAUCGCCGCCUACAUGUCAAUGUGGAUCACCAAAUCCGCUGCCGCUCUGUACAUGGAGAAUGUCUGGCUCUGGGUAGCCGACCACGACGUCGAGGACCCGAAUCUCAGCCAAAUCACCGUCUACGCAGGACGAGGCCUCUACAUCGAAAGCACAGCCGGCACAUUCUGGCUCGUCGGCACAGCAGUCGAACAUCACACGCUCUAUCAGUACCAAGUCGCCAACACGAAGAACAUCUUCAUGGGCCAGAUCCAGACCGAAACCCCGUAUUACCAGCCCAACCCCGCAGCUCCCGCCCCCUUCAACACAGUUAACAGCGCCAUCAACGACCCCAAUUUCGCCACGUACUGCCCCGCUGGCUCGCCCACCACCUGCUUCAUGGCAUGGGGCCUGCGCAUCGUCGCCUCCAACAACAUCUUCGUCCUCGGGGCGGGUCUGUACAGUUUCUUCAAUAACUACAAUACCGCGUGUAAUGCGUUAUCCGCGGGGAGUAACUGCCAAACGGCGAUUUUCACGUACGAUAAUGCGGGGAGUAUGAGUUUGUUUGCGUAUAAUUUGAAUACGGUCGGGAGUGUUAGUAUGGUAAAUAGGGAUAAUGUCGUGCUGGCGAAGAAUGUGGAUAAUAGGAAUAAUUUCCCGAGUACGAUUAAUUUGUUUAGGAGUCAGGGAUGA